CCAAUUAUGUGGCACAUCCCUAAAAGCUGCAUAAUGGCAGCCAAACAAAAUACUUGUCUAGAGCUGCCAACUCUUGGAAGAUCUUUCCAGCUAGGAGUGCUUUACGACUGCCGCUCCGAUGCCAUUAUUCCAGGGACCACACUGUGGGAUUCAGAAGCCUUGAAGAACAAUGCUGACCUUCAACCUCAACCUGGUACCGAUACCCAACUGAUCACAGCAGACUCCCCUGAGGACAAAGCUGCAGCUUUGAGCAUUGCACCGCCAUUGAAGGCAAGCAUUUUAAGUGGGCUCGUUGAUUUAAAAGGGUCAGCAGAAUACUUGACUUAUAAAAGCAAAUCUAGAGAAUGUGUCAGAGUUACUCUGUUAUAUAGAACAUCAGUUCAAUUUGAGGAACUGAACAUGGCUAACAUGGGGCAGCACAGUAUCUCCUACCCAGAAGUAUUUGACAAAGGCACAGCAACACAUGUCGUUACUGCAGUGCUGCAUGGAGCGCAGGUGUUUCUUGUGUUUGAUUGCAAAGUCCUUCCUUCUGAGAACAAGGACGACAUCCGCAGAAAACUGAAGUUACUGAUCAAAAACAAACUAAUAGAUAAAGGGAACGGUGACCUAAAAGAGGAAGAAACAUUAAAUAUUUCUGAAAUCAACUGCACCUUUCAUGGAGAUUUUCCACUGCCAAAGAAUCCUGUGACCUUUCAAGAAGCCAUUGACAUAUAUUCCACUCUACCAAACUUACUGGGUGAAAAUGGAGAGAAUGCUGUGCCAGUGAAAGUGUGGCUUCACCCCUUGAACGAUGUAGACUCCAGGGCUGCCCAGCUUGUUCAUGAAAUACGUGGAGAUCUAGUUGAUUCUUUACAGGCUGUUCUGGAAGAGCUGGAUGAAUAUGAAAUGCUGUGCACUGACAUGAUGAAAGAUGAAGUUACGCUGAAGUUCUCUGUGUUUAAUAAAAAGUUGCAGCAAUUCAAAGAGUUCUGCUUAGAGUACAAAUUGUGUUUCCAGAAACAUUUAUCAAGAAUGAUUCCAUUGAUCCGUAGAGGUGAAGAGACAGAAGACGUGAUUGUGGACAUCCUGAAAACCAGAGAACAGUCACCAUUCAGCAAGAGUGCACUGAAGGCAUGGCUGGAUGACAAAGAUAAAGAGAUGGCAGUCAUACAAUCUUACGUCAAAAUGCUAAAUAAUCUGAAAAUGAUGUCAUCAGAAAAGAAGCUAAUUGAAGAGGUUUUAGAUCCAGUUGCAGAACACGUUGUAUGCUUCAUGUUUACCUCAUUGCAAAAUGAAGAAACCUAUCUGUCAGACCUGUCAAACUACCUGCAGUCCCAAAACAAUGAGAACCUACCAGGGCAGGUAGCCACUCCCUAUGAUUAUGAAAAGCAAGUAGGACAGCAGUGGUUCAAAUUGCCAGCAGUUUCCAAAAGGAUGCGGAGCUACGCCAGGCUUUUCUUGGAAUUCUCAAAAGCCAACGCGGCUUCAGAGCACAUUAAAUUCAUUGUAGCUUCCAAAGAAGAUACAGAUUAUGAAGGAGCAUCAAUUUACCUGUAUGAUGAAGGUUAUUUGGAGAACACAAACUUUGAACCUCUAUCAAAGCCUGACCCUCCACAGAUUGUUAACAAUACACACAACAGUGUUACACUGAAGUUAAUGCCACCAUGUCACGGUGCUGCUGAAGUAGAAAAGUACAAGGUAGAGUAUAGAGAUGUGGAAAAAGAAAUCUGGGCAUUGGUAGAAACCCCAGACAAAGCUGAACCAUUUACUGUGAAUGGGUUACUUCCCAACAUACAGUACCAAUUCAGAUAUUCAGCAGUAUGUAAAGCAGGAGUCAGUGCAUCUAGUGAGAUAAGUGCCAAUGUGACCACACUUCCCACAAGCCAGUCUGACAGUUUAACAGGCUCCACAGAACCAGCUCCACCAAGCACGAAAGAAUGUGCUGUGGUUAGAGAUAGGACUGGACAAGGUCCAUACUCUACGGAAAAUAUAGACACAUCGCAAAACACCAACAGGAAUAAACAGAACAAAGGCAUGGGAGCGAGAUCAGAAACUAACCAGUACCAAGGUAGUGUUCAUACCCCACAGUAUGAAAGAGAUCCCAAACACAGGAAAGAGAGAUAUGACACGUCUCAAAGGGGAGGCUUAACUGACAGGAAGCCAGGAAGACUUGCUGAACAUGUUCGUAAUAAAAUGAGCAGAAAAAGUAAAGUGAAUUCAAACACAAAACUUUCCUUGUUCAAUAUGAGUCUGUGGGAAGAGAAGCUAGACAAGGAUGGAUACUGCAGAAGACAUACAUUUGGAAAAGCAAGCCAAAAACAUAACAAGACGAUUAUGCUAAUUGGAGCCACUGGGGCAGGUAAAACUACACUCAUCAACGGGAUGAUCAACUACAUCCUGGGAGUAGAAUGGGAGGAUGACUUUCGAUUUGUGUUAAUUGACGAAGGGAAGCAGAAAUCCCAGGCUGAAAGUCAGACAGCAGCGGUCACUGCAUACAAAAUUAAUCAUAUGAAUGGAUUUCAGGUUCCAUAUUCCCUUACUAUUGUAGAUACUCCAGGAUUCGGAGACACAAGAGGAAUAAAACACGACCAAAGAAUCACUGAGUUGGUCCGUGACUUUUUUUCUCAACCUGGAGGUAUUGACCAUAUUGAUGCCGUCUGCUUCGUAACUCAGGCCUCGCUUGCUCGCCUAACCCACACACAGAAAUACGUGUUUGACUCCGUUCUUUCCAUAUUUGGGAAAGAUAUUGCCGACAACAUUGUCAUGCUGGUCACCUUUGCAGAUGGACAGAAGCCACCGGUUCUUGAGGCAAUCAAAGUAUCCUGUAUACCUUGUUCAAGAGAUACAGCAGGAGACCCGAUUUACUUCAAAUUUAACAACUCAGCUCUGUUCGUUGACAAUACAGGACCCAGUAAGUCAGCUAGUGAAGAUAUUCAGAGCAAUGACUUUGACAAAAUGUUCUGGAAGAUGGGCUCAGUUAGCUUUUCUAAAUUCUUCAAUUCCCUGGUGAAGAUGGAAACUAAGAGCUUAGUUCUAACACAAGAAGUUCUUCAAGAGCGAAAGCAGCUGGAAGUGGUUGUGGAGGGUUUGCAACCCCAAAUCAAUGCUGGUCUGACAACACUCGAUGAAAUAAAAAAGACUAAGCUUGCUUUGGAACAACAUCAAGCGGAAAUGGAGGCCAAUAAGGACUUUGAGUAUGAAAUUGAAAUAACAAAACCAGUCCAGGUAGAAAAUACAAGUGGCUAUAUAACCAACUGCCAAAACUGUCACUUCACGUGUCAUGAUCAUUGUAUCUAUGCAAAUGACAAAGACAAGGAUAAAUGCUGCGCCAUGGAUAAGACAGGCUACUGCAAAAUUUGUCCUGGCAAAUGUAUCUGGAAUGUUCACUUUAACCAAAAGUACAAAUGGAGCUAUGUCAUCACAAAGGAAAAGAAAACAUACAGUGAGCUGAAAGAACGAUUUGAGACUGCACAUGGAGAAGUAAUGACUACAGAAAAUAUAUUUCAAAAUCUUGAAAAUGAGUUUGCUGUAGUUCAGGAGAUAGUGUACGGUCUUAUUGGUGAAUCACACCGAUGCCUUGGAAGACUGAAAGAAAUCGCUCUGAGGCCAAAUCCACUCUCCACCCCAGAUUACAUUGACCUAAUGAUCGAGUCAGAGAAACAGGAAGCCAAGCCUGGCUUUCAGGAUCGCAUCCAGGUAUUGAUGGAAGUCAGAAAGCGGGCAGAGAUAAUGGAAAAGGUUUUCAGAGGAGAGGUCCUACCAGAAGAGUGGCAGCAGUAUUCAGUUCCACAGAAACAAAAAGGAAAAGGAGUAUUUGGUACAAUUAAAGACUGGUUGUGUUCAGCUGUUGGCCAUGCAUUGAAUUCUCAGUCACAACCGGGACAUUCAGAGAUGAACCAGGUCACCCAAAGUGAGAGGGGUAAUCCUCGUGGGGCUUACAAUAUGCAGAGAGGAGGGAGGGAUAGUUCUCGUGGAGCUUACAAUAUGCACAGAGGAGGGAGGGAUAGUCCUCACGGUGCUUACAAUAUGCACAGAGGAGGGAGGGAUAGUCCUCGUGGGCCUUACAAUAUGCACAGAGGAGGGAGGGAUAGUCCUCGUAGGGCAUACAGUAUGCAGAGAGGAGGGAUGGAUAGUCCUCGCGGGGCUUACAAUAUGCACAGAGGUGGGGAGGAUAGCCCUUGUGGUGGGAGCAAUUAUCAAGGUACAGAACAUGGAAGAGGAAGAGGAAGGGGCAGGGGCAGGGGCUGGUCAGACCAUAGUUAAUUCAAUCAAACAUAGACACUUCUUAUGAAAGCACAAAGUGCAUCAUAAUGGCGACCUUGGAUGUCACUGUGUAGCACUGCAAUGGUUUGAAAACAACUUGUUUCUUCCUAGUUCUUUCAUUGUGCUAUUUUGUUAUUUUAAGUUUAAACCACAUGCUUUUAUUACCAAUGAGUUUCUUUAAUACUUUGUGUUUAAAGGUUAAGUUGUUGGCUUUUGUAGGGUGUCUGGUAUUCAGUAUAUGAGACUGAUACCAGCCAGUGUUAACAUUAUUGAAUGGUAGAUUGUAUAGAGUUAUUAAACACACUAAUGGGGAUUCUGAAGGGAGCAUCGCGUUGGCUCUGGCUCUCCCAUGGGUUAGGGAGGCAAAAUUGGCAGGGACUGUUUCUCCUCAUCACACCACAGCAAGCCUAGAUGGCCAGGCACCUAGUGAGCUCAGAGCGGACACCUGCAGGGCUGGCCUUUGUCCUCCAGAGGCUGGUAGCUCGCUGAUCUGCUCGUGAGUUCCUGGGUGUAGAAGAGGAUGCUGGCUUAGUCGUGUGAUUGGAGCGCGUCCGGUGAACUUUCAGUUCUGCUGAGCUGUGUGGGGAAUUGCUGCGGUAAGGGAAAACAUUUUUGGACAUUACAAAUUGGGGGUAAAAGCAGGGAUAAAAUAAUUGGUCACACUAAAUUUUCAAAAAAAUAAAACUUGAAAAAUAUUGACAUGAACUGUAAAUAUAUAUACAUGUACCUAACUUUAAAAAGCCAAUAUUUGUGCCCAUCAAAAAGUCCAACAACCUAACCUUAAGUGAAUUGUGCCUGGACUGUUUUUCUUGAAUUUUAUUUCCAAAAUAUCUGCUGGGUCUUUGUUAUUUUUGCGGUGAUAUUAGAAAUGCAUACAUUUAUUUAGAGUUGUUUUUCAAUUGUAUAGGAUCUUUAAGAUAUUCGAAUGAUCAACAUAAAGCAGUGAGCUUGUGGGGUUUUUUAGUUACUUGUAUUUAUUUUGUUAUGGAACAAUUAUGGGAAUCAAAGAAUGAAGUGCUGCGUUCCUCAUCAAGCCCCUUUCUUACAAUUGUAACAACAUUUGCUAGUCCUGGUACUGUACUGUUUUACUGUUUAAAAAACCACAAUGAUAAAAACAGAAUGAACAAACCUUGCACCCUUGUAUUGAGUCCUAGCCACAAACCUUUAACUGCUUCAAGUAGCUUCAGAUGUCAUUUUAUCUCCCUUUUAUGUUGUUCACAAUCCUUGUAGUGAUUCAGUUUCUUCAAUGGUGACAGGUUACUUCUAUGUCAAAAUCCAUCUUAUCUGUAGAAUCCUAGUUGCCAGCUCCUUAUACAUACUUCCUGAUACCAAAGAAAUCAGGCCUGCUGGCCCCCACUGCUUCAUACUAUUGCUCUUGAGAAAGGGUGUGUUGCAGUCCAAACAGCACUGUACUGUCUCAAAGCAAACAGCACUGUACUGUCUCAAAGCAAACAGCAUUCUACUAUCUCAAAGCAAACAGCACUGUACUUUCUCAAAGCAAACAGCACUGUACUGUCUCAAAGCAAACAGCACUGUACUGUCUCAAAGCAGACAGCGAAAAGGUGCUGCAUGGUUUAAAACACAAUCUGAAACUCUGGGAGCAUGGCCCCACAGUUCCCAUGUAACUGUUGCCAAGGGUUAACUUGCAUACCCAAACAGUAGCAUAUUGGUGCCUUGCACAGAUCAGCUGAGCUGUAGUGGGCAUUGCUGCGGUGAGGGACUAAAAUAGGACAUUCUCAACUGGGAAGAAAAACAGGAGUAAAAUAAUUGGGCACUCUGAAUUACAAAAAAUCUAAAUAAAAUGACUAAGAAGCCACUUACACUUUAAGGCUGUAUCAAAAGAAAUAGAAAACAUACAUAGCUUCAGAUACAACCCAUUGAAAGUGAACUUGAUAUUAACCUUUGUGUUUUACACUGUGUAUUCAUAGAUGUUUCAUUUGUUUUCUAUAUUAAUAAUGACCUGUCAUUGUAACUCUGCAGUGCUUGCUAUAAGGACAUUUCUUGUGAAAAUAAAAUUGAACAAACUCAUCGUGUCUGUGU